AUGGAGAACCGCUCCCUUCAAGAUGAGGAGCGCGCCAAUGCCAUCGAGGAGCAACUCAAGGAGGCUCAAAGCUUGGCUGAGGAGGCUGAUCGUAAAUACGAUGAGGUUGCUCGCAAACUUGCAAUGGUUGAGGCAGAUUUGGAGCGUGCUGAGGAGCGUGCCGAAGCUGGAGAGAACAAAAUUGUCGAGCUCGAGGAGGAAUUGCGCGUUGUAGGAAACAACCUCAAAUCCUUGGAGCUUUCGGAAGAGAAGGCAAUGCAACGCGAGGAGGCCUAUGAGGAGCAAGUGCGCUCGAUGGAAGUUCGCCUUAAAGAGGUGUGUAUUUAUGGUACCCCCGUAUUUAUUCGUCCAUUAUAGUCGUUUUUGAUUGCUCUAACCUUUCUGUUUGAUAUUAAUUAACUCAACUAACUAAUCUUUACACUGAACUCAGUAAAAAAGUUAAGCUCAGUCAUAAAGCAUCUGAACGUGACAAGGAUGCUUUGGGUUAAUCGAAACACGAAACCCUGGUUUUUCUCGACCCGAAACCAUAGUAGAAGAAAAUUUUUGAAAAUACGACACCAAACUCGACCGGAAUUUUUUCUCAAACCCAAGGUACAGUGAGUGACUAGCAAUACUGCUAGCGAGUCUCAGGUUCGAUGCCUGACCGGGCACUACCUCACACUACCCCUACCCCACACACUACCCCAAACUCGCCCGACACUUUCUCAUACCCAAGGUACAGUGAGGGGCUAGCAGCGAGUCCCAGGCUUCUAGCGAGUCUUAGGUUCGAUGCCUGCCCAAAGGAGAAGGCCCUCUCCAUGCCCCCCCACAUAUACUUCGCUCUCAUUAUACUAACACCUCUAAUUUUGUUUUUUUUAUUUUCUUCAUUAAA